AAAACGUGUCAGUUAGAGAAAUAAUGUUCGAUUUGAUAAAAACAAUAAAAUAAAAUUUGUUUAUUAAAAAUUUAGAUGAUAUUGUUGAACGUUUAAAUCAAUGUGAAUAUUCAUUUAAUAGUCAAUAUGAUUUAAUAGAAAAUGUUAAUAAAAUAAAUCGAAAAGAAAAUCUAUCUCGAUCAUUAUUAUAUGCUCAUUCGGAUAAAUAUCAUGAUUUUAAUUGGAUAUUACAUGUUCAUUCAUUAGAUGAGUAUUCCUUUUUAAAAAUCAUACAAAUUUUUUUAAAAACUUGUACACAAAUAAGUAAAUCAAAAUCAUUUAUUAAAUAUUUAUCAUCAAUGAUUUUUUCAACAAAAUCCUCAUUAUGGAAUGAUAUUGAAUUAAAAGGUAUUUUAUCAUAUAAAACAAUAUCAUCAAUUCAAUCAUCAAAUAAAACAAAUGUAUCAAGAAAAUUAUUUCAAUCGAAUACAAUAGAUCAAUUAACAGUAAGAUUUAUUAUUUGA